AUGCCAACACCAACCCCCCUCGAAGAAAAGCUACGCAUCCUCCACAACUACUCCGCCUGCGACGUCUCCGAUGCGCUCCUCAAACUCCAAACCCCAGCCCCAGGAGCCCCCGCCCGCGCCGGCCACCUCGCCGACCUAACCCCCUACCCCCACCCCCACCCCCAUCCCCCAAGCCCUAGCACCACCAGAAUCAUCGCCCCAGCCUCAACCAUCAAAUUCAUUUCCAAACACGACGAUAUCCCCGCAGCGAGCAACGACAAUGCGCACACCAUCCCCCCAAACACGCACUGGGUCGACACCGUCGACCCGGACACCAUCGUGGUUAUCGACCAACCCCCAACCCAACACUGCGCGGUCGUGGGCGGGAUCAUGGCGCUGCGCAUGAAGCACCUAGGCGUGAAGGGGGCGGUGGUGAACGGGCGCGUGCGCGACCUCGCCGAGUUUAUGGAGUGUGGGCUCCCUGUGUGGGCGCGGGGGACAUCGACGGUGGGGAGUGGGGCGGAGGCGAAGGCGGUCGCCCGCAAUGUCGCUGUUGAUGUGGGUGGGGUGGUUGUUGAGCCUGGAGAUAUCAUUGUCUGUGAUCCGGUGGAAGGCGUGGUGGCUAUUCCGCGCGAUCUGCUCGAUGCCGUUUUGGAGACGAUGCCCAAGUUGGUGGCGAUGGAUGAUCGGGUGAAGGAGGCUGUGGGGCAGGGUGUCAGUGUGCUCGAUGCCUUUAAGCGGUUUCGUGGGAAGAUUUAG